GUUUCGCCUUGUGAGGUAUAAAGAACUAGGUUAACCCGUAGCAGCCUUCUGACGCACCAUCAUGGCCGCUGCAUUUGUGUCUCUUCCCUCUUCCCUCUUCCCUCCUCCUGCUUAUCUCUAGUCUCUCUAAGGAAUUACACGGCAGUCAGUUGGUAGGUGGUUUGGCAGCCUUGUCGCAAUGACCGACGGCGAGAGCAGCAAGCCCGCCGAGGGCCAUACUCAGUUCUUCGGCUCUCAAGUCGGCGGAGAGUCGGUCAUCAAUUACAGCUAUACUGAUCUGCCCUGGAAACUCGUCGCCUACGAUAUCAAGUACUUUUUCACUUUCGCCUGGGCACUUCCCUGGAUUGUGUGGCCCAUAAGGCCUUGCGAAGGCGGCCAUUUCGACGAGCUAUCUUUUACCCCCGAUAACAUUUGGUGUAUGUCGAUACACAUAGUUCUCUUCGUACUGCAGCUUUUAUUCCUCAUUUUAUUACCCGUCGCCUUCAUCCUCCCCGUUUAUUUGUUCCUAGCUGCACUCGGUCUUUUUUUCCUUGUCAACGGGCUGCUCUGUCGUUGUUUGAAUGGAAAAACCAUCAUGUACGAGUCGGAUCCAAAAUAUGCUCCGGCUCUGGCUGAACAUCAGCACGAGCAGUGGGUCUUCUUGAAUGGAGUUGCGGUAGGCGAGGCCUGGUUAAAGAGUAACAUCAACCGUUUGGCUCUCACCUUCAAGCGACCCGUUCUAGGUAUACAUAAUCGCACUGAUGGCAUCAUAUUCGACGUGAUCGAAUGCCUCAUUCAGAGAAACUUUGGUUAUGCGACCAGCGACGUUCGGCUGGCGUAUAAGAUCCUCAAGGAGAAACUCUAUAAUCCUCAAUAUUCCAAAGUUGUGUUCAUUCUGCACUCCCAGGGUGGCGUUGAAGGGGGGCUUGUCUUAGAUUGGCUUCUGCAGGAAUUGCCUCAGGAUCUGCUCGCCAAGCUCGAGGUUUACACUUUUGGCAGCGCUGCCAAUCACUUCAACAACCCGCACCGUCAUAUACAGUCUCAAGAGGAAGAGAUCAAGCAUCCUGACGCAAGAAUCCCGGUACCCGAGGUAAUCGCCAAUAUUCCGAUCACUGACUCGCCCAUCCAAAUUAAGACACCGUCACUACGAAGCAAACCAUCCAAUGCUUCGGAUUUGCCCCCUGAAGGUACGAGUCACCCGCAACCCUUGGCUGCCGUUGCCAACGGUGCGGGAGCCUCACUACAGCGAACUCAUACGAUCCCCGCUUCCGAUAGGGUUAUCGGUUACGUAGAGCAUUAUGCCCAUACGACUGACUUUGUUGCAAUCUGGGGCCUUUUGCACUUUGUCACCAAUGAGCGAGCAUCACCCGAAAUACCGCGUUUCGUAGGUCGUGUGUUUAGCCGCGUUUCUUCUCGUGGAGGACAUCAAUUUUGCCAACAUUACCUGAACGGAAUGUUUCCCCUAGCUCAAAAUGAGGAUGGAGAGUUCACGGGUUGUGCGGAGCGCAAUGACUUCAUGGAUAGUGCUGUUGAGAUUGCCAAGAAGGGAACCGAGAAGGUGAAUGUUCGUGAAGGGUUGGAGAACAGCUGGGCCAUGAUCGGGCUUGCUGGAAAUCCCGACAGUGCAAUUCCAUCUGAAGUAGCAGUCCAUGGCAGUUUUUACGGAAGUUUUCAUGGGAGUCUUCGGGGGAGGAGCAUCCAUAGUGACAACGAAGACUUAUUUGAUGGAACGGUUAAGGUGAGGCAUCUCAGUCGUCUGUGGCAGUAUAGGAAUGGACGAAGUCCACCCGAAAUUUCCCAAGGCUUGGUUAGAGGAGCGACUUUGUAAUUAAUGUAGCAGGGUUCAGUGUUGUCACAUUGCCUUUUGGGGAGGCUCAGCAGUCCCU